AUGAAGAUCGCAAGCUUCCUCGCGUUGAGCGCCUGUGCUCUGGCCCUUCCCACGGGCGACGAGCCGCGCAGCAAGAGCGCCCAAGACGUCGGCCAGGCUGCCGACGCAGCCGCUUAUCCUCCCUCCUAUGGGCCUCCCUAUGGCGAAUCUCCUUAUGGAGCGUGGAAGCGCGAAGUUUCCGAGGAGGAACAUGGCCCUGGCGGUCAUGGCGGCCACGGUGGUCAUGGAGACCAUGGAGGUCACAAAGGCCAUGAAGGUCAUGAAGGUCAUGGCUAUGGAGACCGCGACGGCUAUGGUGGCUACCGCGGGGGCUGGAAGAGAGGCGAGGGAGAUGGCGAAGGCGAGGAGAACGGUGAGGGUUAUAACGGCUCUCACCAUGAAGGCCACCAGAGCCGUGAUGACCCCCAUAUCUACGGCGGCCAUGGUGAUCCCCACAUUCUUCCCGGCUACGGACGUCCUGGUCCUUAUGGUGGGCCUGGAGGAGCCUGGAGAAGACAAAAUGAUGACGGUGAGGGCGAGAAGGGGCGUGAAGGCGAGGAGGGCGAGGAAGGUAAGAACGGUGAGAAAGAUGGUAAGGGUCGCCUUGAAGACCAUCAGAGCCGCGAUGAUCCCCAUCAUGGUCAUGGUGGUGGCCAUGGUGGACACUGGAAGAAAGACCAGAACCAGGAGAGCCACGGACCUGGCCACAACGGCAGCAACGGAAGCAAUGGCCACAACAGCCACAACGGCAACCACGGUUACUAA